GAAGUAGGCCUCAUUAUGUCUUCUGCUGCUGAGGGCGGCGGGUUCUUCGAGCGGGCGCUGCCCUGGGGGCCUCCGGAGUCGGGCCUGGUCCUCCGCGUGGCGCAGCGCUCGGCCGGGGGGACGGGCUGCGUGGUGUGGGACGCCGCCCUGGUCCUGGCCCGCUUCCUGGCCAAGAAGAGCCCCGCCCAGGCCUCACUCGACCUCCGCCGCAAGGCCGCACUCGAGCUGGGCGCCGGCACGGGCCUAGUAGGCCUCAUGGCCGCCUGCCUCGGGGCAAAUGUUACUGUCACAGAUCUUGAGGAAGUUCAGGACUUGCUGAAGAUGAACAUUGAGAAUAAUCAGCAUCAUUUCACAGGUUCUAUUCAGGCCAAGGUACUGAAAUGGGGUGAAGAUGUAACAGAUUUUCUUCCUCCGCCUGACUACAUACUGAUGGCAGACUGUAUCUACUAUGAAGAGUCGCUGGAGCCUUUGCUCAAGACCUUGAAGGACCUCUCUGGCCCUGAUACCUGCAUCCUUUGCUGCUAUGAAGAAAGGACCAUGGGGAAAAACCCAGAGGUGGAGAAAAGGUAUUUUGAGCUCCUUCAGAAGGACUUUGAGUUGGAAAAAGUUCCCUUGGAAGAGCACGACGAGGAGUACCGCAGUGAGGACAUCCACAUCUUUACCAUCCGAAGGAAAGUAACGAACUGUUCAUCCUGACACCUUUGAUGUUGUUUUCUGGUGGCCUGGCAGACGAGGGGAGGCGCGACGGAGAGUGCCUGGCGGGUUCUCUGCAGGACGUUUCUGCGGCAAAAGUGGAUCAGCGUUCAGCCUCCCACUGAGACGACACUCACAGUCAGUUUUCUUGGAAGAG